ACAUAGAGACCAAUGGGACAGGAAGAGCUCCUAACCUGGUUGUGCUGAGAUAAAGUGUAAGCAGUUUGCAGUGGCUCAUGCCUGUAAUUCCAGCUACUCAGGAGACAGAGGAUUCAGUGACGUUUGAUGAUGUGGCUGUGGACUUCACUCCGGAGGAGUGGGCUUUACUGGACACAACUGAGAAAUACCUUUACAGAGAUGUGAUGCUGGAGAACUACAUGAACCUGGCCUCCGUGGAAUGGGAAAUACAACCUAGAAUCAAACGGUCAUCACUUCAGCAGGGUUUUUUGAAGAAUCAAAUAUUCAGUGGGAUACAAAUGACAAGAAACUACAGUGGAUGGAAACUCUGUGACUGUAAGAAUUGUGGAGAGGUCUUCAGUGAACAGUUUUGCCUUAAGACACACAUGAGAGCUCAGAAUGGAGGGAACACUUCUGAGGGUAAUUGUUAUGAAAAAGACAUCCUCAGUGUGCACAAGGAAGCCUCUAUUGGACAGGAACUUUCCAAAUUUAAUCCAUGUGGAAAAGUCUUCACCUUAACUCCAGGCCUUGCUGUACAUCUUGAAGUUCUCAAUGCAAGACAACCAUACAAAUGUAAGGAAUGUGGAAAAGGCUUUAAGUAUUUUGCAAGCCUUGAUAAUCACAUGGGAAUCCACACUGAUGAGAAACUCUGUGAAUUUCAGGAAUGUGAGAGAGCCAUCACACCUUCCUCACACCUCAAGCAAUGUGUAGCAGUUCAUACAGGAAAGAAAUCCAAAAAGACUAAGAAAUAUGGGAAAUCUUUCACUAAUUUUUCUCAACUUUAUGCACAUGUGAAAACUCAUAAAGGAGAGAAGUCCUUUGAAUGUAAAGAAUGUGGAAGAUCCUUUAGAAAUUCCUCAUGCCUUAAUGAUCACAUUCAAAUUCACACUGGAAUAAAACCACACAAGUGUACAUACUGUGGGAAAGCCUUCAUUAGAUCAACUCAACUUACUGAACAUGUAAGAACUCACACUGGAAUAAAACCCUAUGAAUGUAAGGAAUGUGGCCAAGCCUUCGCUCAGUACUCGGGCCUUUCUAUACACAUACGAAGUCACAGUGGAAAGAAACCCUAUCAGUGUAAGGAAUGUGGGAAAGCCUUCACUACAUCCACAAGCCUUAUUCAACAUAUAAGAAUUCACACAGGAGAGAAGCCUUAUGAAUGUGUUGAAUGUGGGAAGACCUUCAUUACUUCUUCCCGUCGUAGUAAACAUUUGAAAACUCAUAGUGGAGAAAAGCCCUUUGUAUGCAAGAUAUGUGGGAAAGCAUUUCUGUAUUCCUCACGCCUUAAUGUUCACCUGCGAACUCAUACCGGAGAGAAACCCUUCGUAUGUAAAGAAUGUGGGAAAGCAUUUGCUGUUUCCUCACGCCUAAGUAGACAUGAAAGAAUUCACACUGGGGAGAAACCCUAUGAAUGUAAGGGUAUGAGUGUCACCAUUUAGCCCAUCAGUUGCCAUCUUUAAUUAUUAGCAAUGACACCAAAGAUUAUCAGAUUUGUCCUAAAUGCCUUGCGGAGGUUGUAAUGGCUCAUGGAUUGGCUUUGGAUGCCAUCCUGAAGGUCUGAAAUUAAACCUACAGAUUCUGAAUACAACUUCA